AUGGCCGCCCCGCCGCAGCCCCCGGCCCAGGCCCCGGCCGCGGCCCCGGCCGCCUCCCGCCGCCGCCUGCCCGCCGUCGAGCCGCUCCUCUUCCUGGCCACCGGGGCGCUCGGCCUCCAAGGCCCGCUCGUCACCCAGUACCUCUGGGACCGGCUCGGCGCCGACCUCGGCUACAGCGGCCUCAACGCGAGCGGCGCCGCCGGCUGCGGGAACGGCAGCGGCGGGAACGGCACCGCCGGCGCCCCGCGGCAGGAAGUGGAGGCCUUAGUCUCCCACUGGAACCUUUACAUCGAUCUGGGAGGCUUCUUCGUUGGUCUCUUCUCCGUGACUCUCUUUGGGCCAUGGAGCGACAGCGUGGGUCGCCGUCCAGUGCUUGUCCUGCCUGCAGUAGGUAUGGCCUUGCAAGCGGCCAUCUAUCUGCUCGUCAUGUAUCUACGGUUGCACGUCGCCUACUUUCUUCUGGGACGCAUUUUGUGCGGCCUCACGGGGGACUACAACCUGAUCCUGGCUAGCUGCUUCGCCUACGUGGCCGACACCAGCGACAGUCGGGCACGCACGUUUCGCGUAGCCAUUCUCGAGGCCUGCCUUGGCGUAGCAGGCAUGUUAGCCAGCGUUGGUGGCGGCCAGUGGCGCAAAGCGCAGGGGUACAUCAACCCCUUUUGGCUAGUGUUUGCUGCCAGUCUUGCUGCUGCUCUCUAUGCUGUUUUCUGUCUUCAGGAAUCGGUGAAGCAGCGGAAACCAGCCAAGCUGUUCACGCUCAGUCAUUAUAUGGCUGUGUACAGGCUGUACGCAUCUCCGGAACGCCAGAGCUCCAGGCAGAAGCUUGCGCUCUACUCCUUGGCUUUCUUUCUUAUUGUCACUGUACACUUCGGAACCAGGGGCCUCUAUGUUUUGUAUGAGCUUGGCUCCCCGCUCUGCUGGGCCUCUGAUCUCAUUGGAUACGGUUCAGCCGCUAGUUACCUGGCUUACCUGAGCAGCCUGGCAGGGCUGCGGGCACUGCAGCUGUGCCUUGAAGACACCUGGGUGGCAGAGAUAGGACUGAUCUCCAAUAUUUCUGGAUUGGUUCUGAUUUCUCUUGCUGCUACAACACCACUGAUGUUUACAGGUUAUGGGAUUCUGUUCCUUUCCAUGGCAGCCACUCCAGUCAUCAGAGCCAAACUCUCCAAGCUGGUGAAUGAGACAGAACAGGGUGCUCUCUUUGCUUCUGUUGCCUGUGUGGAAGGACUGUGUUCGCUUGUGGCUGCAGGAGUGUUCAACUCUCUCUAUCCUGCCAGCCUGCACUUCAUGAGGGGAUUCCCCUUUCUCUUUGGGGCUCUGAUUCUUCUUAUUCCAGCAGCUGUUAUUGGGUGGAUAGAAGUCUGGGACUCAAAGCUUGAAUACAGACACUUCUCACGUGCUUCGCUGUCACUUGCAGACAGCUGAACAGCGACAUAGCAACAAUGAACUGCCUGGCUCAGCAGCAUCCGUCUCAGGACUGCUGUGUUCUUCCCUUGGAGAACAGAUCAGUGCGAGGGACAUCUUGGUUGUCCGUGCUAAUUUUUAAAUGCCAAGUAGUUGGAAAUCAUGGCUUUCCAGUAGGAACUUGGUUUGCAGGUGCGAGUGCCUCCUCACUGUUCUGUUGAUUCGUCUGUCAGAGAACACCCAAGAGACUCAAAAGCUAAUCAAGAAUAAAAACUAUUGUUGGCCAUUUGCAAGGCCAAUUAUUGAUUUCCUUUCUUUUUUUCUUUCUUUUUUGGAGGUUUUUGUGCCAUGCUUUUAGUGAUGGGAGAGGAUGGAAUUCUCACUUAAUUGCCAAGUGUGUUCCCCUCUGAAUACUGAAGUGUGUAGCAGAUCAGCUGUUGGUGUGGGCGAGACUUGUAGAGCAGAACUGAAGCAGACAGGUAGCCCAGUGCUGUGCUGCCAAGGAAAAAGAUCUGUGUCCCGAAUCAGUGUGUUGUGAAUAAAAGAAUUGCACAAAUGUCGUAGACCAUGCUGGGCUCCUGCAAAAAUCCUUAUGAUAAGCAGUAGUUUUUCCACAGGAGUGCUAUUGUUGCCACUAUUUAGUAAACUGGUUUUAAUUUCACAGGUAAGAGGCAUCCGCUAUGACAUCCAAAGUGUGUAGUUGCAAGUGCCAAUUGCGCAUCCUCUUUUUCCAUGUGCAGCUCAGCCCAGGAUUUCAAAGGUACUUGUGAGAAGAGCUCAGGUCAGAAUACUAAGAUACAACCUGGUACCUUAACUGACAGUGGCUAAAACUGACAAAGUUAAGGAUAAAUGACAAAAUUGGGCCCCCUUACUUACAGGCCCGUGUUUGAGACAUGUACGGUACGAGGCCUGUGAAGCCUCUGCUGUGUUUAUGGCAGAGGUAGCAGCAGUCCUUUCCUACUUGUAGGCUGUGCUGUUGGGAUGAGCUAGUGCGGGGGCAGGACUGGUAUCUUUAGAGGUGAAAUUUUACAUCGUAGAAGGCAUGAUUUUGUGUCUGUAACCUCUUUUGGGCUGGCCUUCUCAGGAUAGGUUGAUGCCAAGUAGUUAUUUGCCUAAAUCCCAAUGUUCCUACUAUUGCUAAUUCUUCUUUUAAAAGCAUUAAGCGUUGCCUCAAUUGUAUUUUCUUCAAACUGUAAUAACCCAGCAGUUCUGAUGAUAAGCAUUGUACACAGCAUUCAGAGAUGAGGCAAUAAUGUCCUUACUGUGAAAUUGCUUAGCAGAUAUGUUACUUCCAGAAUUAAUAAAAUCUCCAUUUUCUUUUAUGGCUCAUAAAAAAAAUAGCUUUUGUGUUACAGCUA